GAACACUAUCAUCUAGAGUUUCGCGACGACAUCGUAUCGUUCUCCACGAUCAAUCAAUCAAUCAAACCAUCUCGGUACCACCAAGUAAAGUAAGACAGGUACCAGCGGAAGAUUUCUGAGCUGCACGUCCCCUUGGUUCGAGUACCCUGCAAGUUGCGCUCAUUUUCACGUCUGAGUGGAACAUAAACCAAAUAAAUUGAACGACAACACAACAUUCAUUCACCGGUAUUCCAACAUACGAGGAAGAUUGACGUGGACGAGCUUGGACGAGUUAUCGUACGAGAGUCAUUUUCGAGUCUGAAAUUGGGUGUGGAGAGUUCGUGAGAGGAGAAGGGAGGGAUAUAGAUAGGGAAGGGUCCCAGAAUCGCAAGUUUUUGAUAACAGUCGAGAACGAAAAGAAGAGAUUCUCUGGAGAAGACACAAUUGCGACUCCAAACUUGUGGAUUGAACUCGCAAAACCCUUUGGGAACCAACUGGACGAUAAUCGAAAUACAAACAGGAUUUCAAAGAAGAGCUAGGAAAUAGCAGAACUCGGUUUGGCAUAAUUGCCUUCGACAUAACUAAUACUACCACAUAAACACGCCGCAAAAAUGGUCUCAACACUCUCCUCCUCCUCAGGCGGCAUUCGCGAUCGCUCCACUGUCCUCCUAACCCGCACUCGCACAAAGUACCGCUGGCCACCUCUCCAAUUGAACUUUUGGAUUCUCAUGAUGUUAAUCGCUUCCUCCACUAUCCUCGGUAUCUCCGCCUACUUUGUCUCUGUCCAAAAUCAGCUACAUCUUGGUGUUCCCUGGUAUUUCCCUUACUGGAUCGUCUCCGCUUCUCUCGGCGUCGUAUUCCUGAUUAUUAUGCUCUGGCUCAUCUCGCAGCGUCAAUUGCUUCCUGGUAUCGUCAUAUUAGGGACUUUUAUACUAUUUGUAUUAUGGCUAGUAGGAUUAAUUGUGUGGAGUAUUGAACUCUGGGGUCCUACGGGCAACGUAAAUGGAAACUGCAAUUUAUAUGUUACGGCGAAUGAACAAAGCGGCCCAUACUCGUCGACUUUGGCGUGGUUGAUGCAGCAUUCGAUUUGUCAGAGUUGGAUUGCGGCGUGGGCGUUUAUGUUGAUUGGGGUUGUCUUUUUGUUCUGGAUGAUGAUUAUGAGUUAUCAGGUUUAUAGAAUGGAUGAUUAAGGGGAAAGAUAGGAAAGAGUGUGGGAUGUGAAGUGUGAUUUUAGAUGAUAUUAUGAGGUGGGAAUAAGGAUGGGGGAUCGGUGGGGGAAAAUAGGUUAUUGGGAACACAUUUGUAGGACGGAUCUACGAAUGGGGGUUAUUUUACGGCAAAGGGUACCAGUAGGUACAUGCUAGAUGGAUGAGUUACGAGUGAUGCAUGGACAAGGCGUUUUGGGGAAACGGGAAUCAUAUCAUUAUCAAAUCCCGUUAUUUGUCAUUUUUAUAUGCAAUGUACAAUUUUUACA